UGUCUCAGUCGGCAUGAGCGCACGUUUUUUUUCUUCUUUUUUUUCUUUAAUUAUGGCUCAGUUUAAAUGGCGUCACUGGUGCUCUGUCGUUUAGAGCACAUUGUCAUUUUAUCCAUUUAUUUUUUGUAUUAUUUAACCGUUUUGAAGAAAAUCAACGCGUACUGCAGCCAGCAAACUGUUAGUUUGCCUGACAUUAAUUUGGGAUUAAAAUGGUCAUAAAGGUUUACAUCGCCUCCUCCAGUGGCUCUAUCGCGGUAAAGAAGCAUCAACAGGCAGUGAUCGGCUUCCUGGAGGCUAAUCGAAUCAACUUUCAGGAAAUAGACAUUACCAUGAUGGAGGAACAGAGGCUCUGGAUGUACCGCAACAUCCCCAAGGACAAGCAGCCCGAGAAAGGCAACCCACUUCCUCCUCAGAUCUUCAAUGAGGAUCGAUACUGUGGUGACUAUGAAGACUUCUUCCUGUCAAAAGAGAACAACACUGUGUUUGCAUUCCUUGGGGUCAGUACUGUGAGAGAUUCAGAGUCCUAGAUCGAACUGCUGGUUCCCACUAUCCAGGAAACCUUAAGUCAUUUCCUGCAUUCCAUCACCUUCUUUCUCAUGUUCCUCCCUUUCGACAAUGCCAGCAUUUUGCCAAACACCGAUUUUCACAGAUGUUCCCUGUAAAACUUCUUCAGACUUUCACCUUUCACCAUGAUCUAAUCUGUGACAAGUGCAUGGCUGCAGCCACAGACUUAAUCUUGCAGGAUUAACUUUAUUAUGGUUGUUUUUGUAUUUCCUUUUAAAUGCUUAACGCACUGUGACAGCAAACACUCCUUGUCGCAGAAAAUUCUGUGCAAAAUAGAGGACCAUGUAGCAGCUUUUGCAUCUGUGCUGUUUGGACAAUCUAAAUGCAGUGGAUGGGUGAAGAAGUGAUUACACACUUGUUUCUGUGUGCACGCUUAUCAAGUGUGUCUGUGAGUAUCUGUGUCAGUCUGCAGCUGCAGUCAGUGAAGACUGUAUUAAAUCAGGGAACCACAAAGAAACAAGCCAAGGCUUUGCCAUUCUCUUUAACUGUAUAUGUGUUUGAGACCAAAUGCUAAAAAUCUUAAAUAAAAAAAAAAAUUUUAAAAAUAAAGAAGUGUGACAAACAUUACUGAGAGCAUUUAAGGAUGAUUUGUAGCCACAUAUGUAUAUUUCCACUGCCAAAUCAGUAUAAUAAAAAUGUGUGUCU